AUGGCCAAGCAACGUGUUAAGAAGCGCACCCACCAGAAGCCGCAAAAUGCUUCUGCCGUGAAGGGCACUGCUGCCUCAAUGUCCAAGACCCCAAAGUCUAUGGUCAUUCGAGUAGGCGCUUCUCAAGUCGGUAGCAGUGUGACCCAAUUGGUUAAGGAUGUCCGUCGUAUGAUGGAACCCGAUACCGCUGUGAGAUUGAAGGAACGCAAAUCCAACAGACUGAGAGAUUAUACCGUUAUGACCGGCCCUCUCGGUGUUACUCACCUUAUGCUAUUUUCCAAGUCUGCAACUGGCAACACAAACAUGCGACUCGCUGUCACCCCUCGUGGGCCGACUCUCCACUUCAAGGUUGAGAACUAUUCGCUGUGCAAGGAUGUUGAGAGAUCCAUGAAGCGCCCAAGAAGUGGCGGACAGGAUCACAAGACCCCGCCGCUGUUGGUCAUGAACAACUUCACUACGCCAGACGCAACCGAAGAUUCCAAAGUGCCAAAGCGCCUCGAGACCCUCACAACCACGAUCUUCCAGUCCCUCUUCCCUCCCAUCAACCCCCAAAGCCAACCUCUGUCAUCCAUCCGCCGUGUCAUGCUGCUCAACCGAGAGCCUGCCGAAAAAGAUAGCGAUUCAUAUAUCCUGACUUUACGCCAUUACGCCAUUGCCACGAAGAAGACCGGUGUGUCGAAACGAAUCCGUCGCCUGGAUCCCAAAGAGAUCCGCAACCGAGACAAGAAGAAGACCGCCGUCCCCAACCUUGGAAAGCUAGAGGAUGCCGCCGAUUAUCUUCUUGACCCAUCUGCUGCAGGCUACACAUCAGCAAGUGAGACCGAGCUAGACACCGAUGCCGAGGUUGAAGUUGCAGAGAGCACGACCCGCCGAGUCCUGAACAAGCGGGAAAUGCAGCGCCAAAAGGCCGCAGAGAAGGGUCAGGACAAGCCAGCCCAUACCCCUGGUGUCGAGAAGCGAGCGGUGAAGCUGGUAGAGCUUGGCCCUCGCUUGCGGCUCCGCCUGAUGAAGGUUGAGGAUGGAGUCUGCGAUGGCAAGAUUAUGUGGCACGACUUUAUUACGAAAUCUGAGAAGGAAGUGCGGAAGCUUGACCAGAGCUGGGACGUUCGCAGAAAGGAGAAGGAGCAGAGAAAGAAGCUGCAGAAGGAGAACAUUGAACGAAAGAAGCAGGCCAAGGCUAAGGCCAGGGCUAAUGGCCAAGAAGUGGCUGAUGACGAUGAGGAUGUUGAUAUGGAUGAUGAUGAGGAUUGGCUCAGCGAUGAUGACUUUGACAAGGAGGCUGAUGGUGAGGGUGAACCCGAGGAUGACUCCGAGUCUGAAGCCGAUUCGGAUGAUUCCAUGGAAGAGUAA